AGGUCCUGCGGCAGCCGGAGUUGUGGGGAGCAAGCUCCCGGGGGCCGAUCUGCGCAGGCGCUGCGAAGGGUUGUGGUCCUGAGAUCACGCUCCCUAGACACACCCCCUUCUAAAGGGACUGACGUCUGGUUAGAGCCCCUGGAACACGUCUCGUGGUCCCCAAAUCCCGGCGCUCCAACCUCUUCGGCCUCCGUCCGCCGACUCCAGGGGCGGAGCUUCUCAGCGGCGGACCAGACACUGGGAACGGUACCCUCCCGUGUACCGGCUCUUUGCUCGGUUGGUGAUUUGGAGGAGGGGUGCAGGUAUGCCUCCACCGCGGGGUGACGUGACCGCCUUGUUCCUGGGGCCUCCCGGCUCGGGAAAGUCCUCACUGAUUGCAGCUCUGUGCAACAAGGAUGUGGAGGUGGUAGAGAUCCCCGAUGGACGGCCAGACUCCGGGAUCCCCAGCCUGCGAGCUGCCGGCCCAGGCCUCUUCCUGGGCGAGUUGAGCUGUCCGCCAGCAGCGCCGGGUCCCUGGGCAGCAGAGGCUAACGUGCUAGUCCUGGUGCUGCCCGGCCCUGAAGGGAACGACGAACCCUUGGCACCAGCGCUGGGGGACGCAGCGCGAGCUGCACUGGCCCGAGGGACCCCGUUGCUGGCCGUGCGGAACCUCCGUCCUGGGGAUUCACAAAAUGAAGUCCAGGCCCGGGAUCAGACCGUGGCCAUGCUGGACAGCGCGGGCUUGGGAGCUGUGCCUCUCUACGUGCUGCCUGAGGAAUGCGGCAGCAGAGAGGGCUGCGAAGAACUGGAGCGCCUGCGGGCGGCGCUGCGGAGCCAGGCGGAGGCGUUGCAGAGGCUCCUGCCACCGGCUCAGGAUGGCUUCGAGGUACUGGGAGCAGCCGAGCUGGAGGCUGUGCGUGAGGCCUUUGAGACCGGUGGCCUGGAGGCAGCGAUGUCCUGGGUUCGUGCUGGCUUGGAGCGCCUGGGCAGCGCGCGGCUGGACUUGGCCAUAGCUGGCACCGCUGACGUGGGACUUGUGCUGGACGUGCUGCUCGGGUUGGAUCCUGGGGACCCAGGCGCUGUGCCUGCUUUGGCGGCGCCUGCGGGGCCCACGCCCUACCCUGCCCCAGAGCGCCCCAAUGUGGUGCUCUGGACCGUGCCUCUGGGCUCCGAGGGCACUGAUGCCGCCCGCCACCCGACUCACUAUGAUGCUCUCAUCCUCGUCACCCCUGGGGCUCCCACUGAGGAGGACUGGGCCCAGGUCCGGCCCUUGGUGCUACCGGAUGCCCCGCUGGUCUGCGUGCGAAUAGACGGAGAGGGCGAAGAUCCAGAGUCUCUGGAAGAGGAGAAAGCAGAGAAGUCCCUCGGCGGUGAGGGCUUGGACAACGCAGGCGGAGGGGGUUUGGAGAAACAUGGCACUGGAUCUCAGAAAGCAGGCGAUGGAGGAGUUUCAGAGAAAACAGGCAGUGAGGGUUUACAGCAGGUCGGCGCAGAUGCGCAGCGAUCCAGCAGUGAGGACACUGGGUGUGUGGCUACCUGGAGCCCGGAGGACGAGACCUGGGAGGUGCUGGAAGAGGCGCCGCCCCCGGUGUUCCCCCUGCGGCCAGGCGGACUCCCAGGGCUCUGCGAAUGGCUGCGGCGCGCGCUUCCCCCGGCCCAGGCAGGGGCGCUGCUGCUGGCGCUGCCGCCCACGUCCCCGCGUGCAGCCCGAACCAAGGCUGCCGCGCUCCGGGCUGGGGCUUGGCGUCCAGCUCUGCUAGCUAGCCUGGCGGCGGCAGCCGCACCAGUACCUGGGCUUGGCUGGGCCUGUGAUGUGGCACUUCUACGCGGUCAGCUGGCAGAGUGGCGGAGGGCACUGGGACUCGAACCCGCAGCCCUGGCACGGCGCGAGCGCGCGCUGGGCCUGGCCCCAGGGGAGCUGGCGGAGCGGACACGCUUCCCUGGCCCGGUGACACGCGCAGAAGUGGAGGCGAGGCUAGGUGCGUGGGCUGGCGAGGGCACUGCAGGGGGUGCAGCUCUGGGUGCGCUCUCCUUCCUGUGGCCUGCAGGUGGCGCAGCGGCUACCGGUGGCCUUGGCUACCGUGCGGCCCACGGAGUCCUGCUGCAGGCGCUGGACGAGAUGCUGGCGGACGCGGAGGCAGUGCUGGCACCUCCUGCGCCUGCGCAGUGAAGGGUGGGGUGAGGGCCAGGGCUUCCGGGGUGCUAGGCUUCGCCGGGGGUUGAAGGCUCCAUGUCCCGUUUAGAAGAACGGGGUUUAGGGGUCCAGACUCUGGCAUGGGAUGUCUGGGUCUCUGGUCAACAGAGCAGGUGUGCGGCCACUCCGAAUCCUGGGUGCCUGAGGGGGAUGAGACUUCUAGUCACCCAGGCCCCUGGGUUUUGAAGCGGUAUAGAACCUCGGGGUCAGGACUCCUGAUUUCUCUGGGGAUCACAGGGCAGCACCCCCACACUUGUGUCUUGAAGGGAGUUCAGGGGUUGGGCUUCUGGAAGGGGAUAUAUUAUCUUAGUUGCCAGAGGAGUAGAAAGUGGACAUAAUGGACAUCUAGUCCUCCAGGGAUAUGGGGAGUCGAAGCCCUGAUUCCUGAUGGCCAACGUCCUCCUUGUGCUGGGCACUCCGGGGAGCUGGAACUCUUGGACUAUGAACCACAAAGGGAUAGGGAUAGGAUAGCGGUAUAGGAACUAGGUUUUCUCGGGGGAAUAGGUCUGCACACAGCCUCUCAGUUCAAGAGGCGGUGGGCUUUGAACGUUCACUGGGGGUGGGGCACUCUGGGGUCUGACUCCUGGUUCCCAAGAGGGCUGUGGACAUCGGUUCCUAAUUCCUGGAUGGUGGGAAGUCUGCUGCUUCUAGAGGCGGGAACAGGUGGCUGUGUGACAGAGCUAGAAAUCCUUUGGUGUCUUGGGGAGUAUAGAGAUGUUUAAUAUUUGCUCCUAGUAGGGGGAACCCGGUGACAAAGACUCAUUUCCCUGCUGCAGGGGGGAGGAUGGUCACACAGAAAUGAGGGGAGGAGGCAUGGGGGGGGUGGCGGGUCCUGGGGGCAGCCAGACACCGGGAAUGAGACCUCCUGGGUAUGGAAGGGCAGGAACCCAUAGCUCAGAGGUAUCUCCUGCAAAUCCCUAGUGGAUUUCGGUCCUGGAAACUGCCCUUCUCUCUGUGACUGAUUGUUCCCAUGUCGUAGGCGCUGAGUGACUUGGGAGCUCUCUGGGGAGUCUGUCCCCUCUUCCUGUGCUCUUUCAGUGGUUUCUACUUUUGGACUUGGUUUCUUCUGUCAUUAAACCUGAACCCUUUCCAGCCCUGA